AUGGACAAUGUUGAUGAGGCCCGUUUGGCAACAAGCCAGGGCGGAAGUGACGAAAAUUGUGCAAAAGGCAAGAUUAAUAAAGACCGUUCAGAAGCCGAACUAUUUGGAAUGAAUGAAUACUUGCCAAAAAAAGAACGCAGAUUAGUAAAAUAUGCAGAAGCAGAUUCUCCGCCUCAGGAAGCAAAAGAGACAAGUGAAACAACGCCGUUGAGAGAACGUCUGGUUAAAGUAUUCUCUAGACUAAAAUUCAAUGUAGAUUCAGUAAAGGAUACAAGUGGAACAGAGAUGUAUUCAAUUUUGAAGAAAUAUGCUGAAAUGGAUCACACUCAGAUGGAUUGCUUUGUCUGCUGUAUCUUAUCGCAUGGAAAAAAAGAUGAAGUUGUUUGUUGCGACAAUGAGUGUGUUAACAUUGAAAACAUUACUAGCUAUUUUCGAGCGACAGAUUGCAGAAGUCUUGCAGGAAAACCAAAAAUAUUUUUCUUUCAAGCGUGUCAGGGGAGUAAACGUAUGGGUGGGUGGCAAACAGACGGCGGUCAUGAUUGUGACAGUGAAAGGACGUUUAAAGAAGGAUCGAUUCCAGAUGAAGCUGAUUUUCUUCUCGGUUUUUCUACAACUUCUGGAUACGUGUCUUUCAGACAGGGUGGAAAAGGAUCGGUCUACAUUCAAACGCUGUGCGAACAAUUACAAAAUCAUGCACACCAGUACGACCUUUUAACAAUAAUGACAGAAGUGCAUAGAAAGGUUGCCAAGGAAGUCAUUCAGGAAAAUACAAAAACAGACCAUCAUAAACAAAUGCCUGCUACACUUAAUCGGCUAAGAAAACAAUUUUAUUUUAAUGUAAAACAACUCAAAGAUUGAUGAAAUAGAUAAGGAGAACCUUACGCUGAACGAUAGUCAAGACGAUUUGUUUGCUGUGUCAGUUUACCUAUUUUUGUGUAUUCAAUAGUUUAUCAGUCUCGUCGAUCAUGCGCUCGUUUCUUGACAAAUUUGAUUCCUUUUAAAUGUAAACUUUGAUGUUAUGUAUUUUUGUGGUGUUGUUAUUUUAGUGACAAAAGACUCGCGGAAAAUAGUAUGGCUCAAAUAAACAUGUCAGAGACAAAAGAUUAUAUAUAUAUAUGUUAACACUUUUCAUAGACUGUUGAUAGUGAACAGAUCCAUUUGUAUUCGUGCACAGUAGAUCAAUAUUUCAAAAUCAAAGUUUGGGUAAACUUAAAGUAGUUUUGUUAUUAGGUAUUUGUGUCAUUUUUUAUUAUCUUAAUGAAAUAAUUGAUUUGAAAAUAAUUGGCCAAACAUUUGUCACUUUAUGAUUUUCUUGACAUUGAACUUAAUGCUUCACGAAUUCACGAUUUCAACCUCAUGAAUUCACAAUUUCAACCUCAUGGAUUCACGAUUAUAAUUUCACGAAUUCAACGUUGUGAUUUCACGAUUUGAACUUCACGAAUUCACGAUUACAACCCAAUGAAUUCACAAUUUCAAUUUCACGAAUUCACGAUUUCAACUUGACGAACUCAUGAAUUCAACUUCGCGAAUUCACGAUUUCACUUUGACGAACUCAUGACUGCAACUUAAAAAAAUCACGAUUUCAACUUCAUAAAUUCAACUUCGCGAAUUCAUGAUUUCAACUUCACGGAAUGCAUGGAAAACAUUUUGGCAAUUUAAAGCAGCAUAGGUACAAAAGAAAUAAUCAAACAAGAACUCGAUGCCGUCUUAAUUUCUUUAUUUAUGUUAAUAUAUUUAAAACGAUUCUAUUUAACCAAAUUUUGUCUUCUGCAGAUUCUUAAUUCUGUUUAUCAAAUUUUAGUCUUCUAUAUUGAAUACACAUUUUGCAUUUCCUUUUGAUCUCUUCAAAUCCCGGGGUAUAAAAUAACUCUAUCUCUGGUGUCUUUAAUCCGUCACGUUGAUCUCUUUAGAAAACUGAAGCUUCACAUGUUCUGUUCUUGAAAUAACUUUGCUCAGGUUUUACAUAUAUCGUAUGCAGAGUAGCAUUUUGGUCUUAUGUGUUAAAUGUAUAUCAUAUAUCUCAAGUUAGAAUAAUAAGGGGCAUUUUGUACAUAUACCUAAGAAAACACAUGUAUGUCAACCUGUGCUUAUCUACGUGGAUGAUAUGUUCAUAAGUUAUAGAACUUAUUCAACUUACUUUCUUUGAUUAAGAAUGUCCCUUCGUGAUCCGUGAGGGACGUGAAUGGCCUUCCGAUGACAUUUCUUUAUUAUAAUUUUCAGUCCAGUCGAAAUAUGUGUGAUGCUCAUAAUUUUAAAUCUCUUCCGUUUCGUUUUCGCCCUAAGGUUAACUACAUCAUGCUAAAUCUAUUUCAGAUCUUCCUAGGAGGAUAGGGAUAUCAGUAUUAUCUAUCAUGUUGACACGCCCGGCAAGCUGUCGCUCCACUUCAAAAUUGUGAUG